UGCACUCAACCCAAAAGAUCCUGCUUUUGCUCACGGUUACCACCAUACCAUAACUCCACCCAAAACCAUAAAAACCAGUGUGGCAACAAUGAGCUAAAGCUUCCAGGCUCUAAAUCAUCAGGAUGUCUGUGCCAGCAUCAGCCCAGGUGCCUCACACCAUACGACCUGUUGGGAGCUGCUUUAGAUUGCAUCAACUACCUGUGCAGAAUUUGGACCGAUGUCGCAGAUGGUGGGGGACUGGAAAGAAGAUAAUUCUUUCCACUCGUGGUGUGCUUGAAUCCAGCAAUGGGGCACAUUCUGGUGGUCUUAUGAAGAAAAGAAAGAUUGUGGAGCACAUUAUUCUGCUUAGAGCCAAGCCAAACAUCUCAGAUGCCGAAGAAAAAGAUAUGCUGGACUAUCUAUAUACAUCACAGUACCAGAUGAGAGGGAUACUCGCAGUCUCAUUAGGCCGCAUAGAGGACCCCAACAGCGAGAAUUUCACACACGCUGUCUUUAUGCGUUUUCAGCAGAAAGAAGACAUUGCAAAGUUCCAGAGCAGUGCAUACUAUUCGAAAGUUCUUGAUGAGCACGUAAAACCUGUUUCCUAUGGCUCGGUUUCUGUAGAUUUCGAGUCCGAGGUGGAAGAUGACAUUAUACCUCUCUUUCGUAGGGGAGAGGAUUUUAACUACGGUGUCGAGUUUAUGCUGCUGAUAUCUUUCUUUAAGACUGCAUCUAGAGAAGCAACGGAGGAUGCAUUAGCUUCUCUUCAGAAGUUGAUCAGCCAAUGCAGCUCUUUUAUUGUGCAGGCAACCUGUGGCUGCUGUUUGGAUCAUCCAGAUAAUGGAUACAAUCAUGCUGCAGUAAUCCGUUUCACAUCAUUUGAUGACUUCAAGCUGUUCAGGGAGAGCAUGGAGUACAAGGAUAUGUGGGCAUCCAAGUUCCACCCGAUCGUGGAGAAAUCUCUGCACCUGCAUUUCACCGUUGACCCCGUGGGGAACCAGCUGAUGUGAUGACUGGGAUUCUACUGAGUUUGCUACGUGGUCGGCUCUCUACUUUUCUUUUUCUCUGAGAUGUUGACGUUCAGGUUGGACAAGAAAGACCGGUGCCUCUCCAGAUGAAAACAGAUAAUGUUGCUGGGAGUUCCAUCUCAGAUUA